AUGGCUGAAACUGGAGCGGAGGGUAAUGCGAUUAGUAUCGGGGAUGACGGAAAGGAGCCGAAUGACGCAGAGGAGUCUAGAGAGACUAAAGACGCAAGAGACUUAGUGGAGAUUAAGAUCGUCGACGAUAAAGCAGGGGGGGUAGUAGGCGACGAGAAGCAGAAGGCGGCAGGGGGAAAGAAGCGGAAGAAGAAGCGCCUGGCGGGGCGGAAAUGGGCGGUUUUGCUUGUCGGGAUGCGGGGGGAGGCGGAGCUGCUACAGUGCACGAAGCAGGCCAUCAUGCGCCGCGUGUCGGUCCCCGCGCGCGAUCUCCGCUUAAACGGCCCGUUGCUGUCCUCCGCCGCCGCGAUUCUCGGCAGGGAGGGGUGCAUGAUGGUGAACCUGGAGCAUGUGAAGGCCAUCGUGUCAGCGCAACAGGUGCUGCUUUUCAACCCCUCCUCGCCGCCCGUUGCCGCCUUUGCCGCCCACCUGGAACGAGUGCUUGCCAUGGGGCCUGAACCGGCACAGACAGAGGUGCAGACGACGAUGCAGGAGCAGGCACGGACACACGAUCUUGUGGAAUCACACACGCGGGCAGAGGCGGAAGUGGGGAGGGAUGAGGCACAGGCACGGACGCACGCUAUUCUAGAGGAGGUGGUGAGCAGGAGGCUGGAGGGGGAGUGCCGCGAGCUGGAGAGGGAUGCGUAUGCUGCACUUAAUGCACUUGCCAGGGCUGUCAGCACGGCGGGUCUGGAGGCCGUGAGAGGGGUGAAGAACCGGCUGACAGUGCUGACCUCCCGCGUGCAGAAGAUUCUAGAGGAGGAAAUGAGCAGGAGGCUGGAGGGGGAGUGCCGCGAGCUGGAGAGAGACGCGUAUGCGGCUCUGAAUGCACUGGCCCAGGCUGUGAGCACGGCAGGCCUGGAGGCCGUGAGAGGCGUGAAGAACAGCAAGGAGCUCACUCUAGAAGCAGUGGUGAGCCGGAAGCUGGAGGGGGGGUGUCUGGAGCUGGAGAGAGACGCGUAUGCGGCGCUGAAUGUGCUUGCCAGGGCUGUCAGCACGGCGGGUUUGGAGGCGGUGAGAGGCGUGAAGAAUAGGUUGACCGUGCUGACUUGGCGCCUGCAGAGGGUGAGGCAGAGGGUGAGGCAGAGGGUGAGGCAGAGGGUGAGGCAGAGGGUGAGGCAGAGGGUGAGGCAGAGGGUGAGGCAGAGGGUGAGGCAGAGGGCGCGGGACGAGUUGGGGCAUCUGCUGGACAUGACAGACCUCUACCCCACACUGCGUUGCUGCUUUCUUACACUAUUUUGCUCCCCUCCCUUUCCCUGUGCCUCCUCUGCCCUCAUUCCUGCAGGCGCGGGACGAGUUGGAGCAUCUGCGGGACAUGGCAGACCAUUACCUUUACCUCUACCUUCACACUGUGCUGCCCUUGUGCUCCCUCUACCCUUUCUCUCUGUCCUUCCCAUUGUCCCCCUUCCUUGUUCUGCCUCGGUGCAGCCCGCUGCUGCUGGGCCUGCCUUUCCCCCUACCUUCCCCCCUAGUUUUCCACCUGUGACCGUCUCUAGUCACAGGGGCUCCCUCACUCACUCCCCCACACACUCCCUCACGCACUCCCUCACUCACUCGCUCCCUUACUCGCUCACUCACUCGCUUUCCUUCCUCCCUGUCACCGGCCGAAGCUUCCGCAGCUCUGGCAGAGGCGCAUGGGGGGGAAUGGGGGGAACGCCGAGGGGGGGAAUGGGGGAGGGGUCGGGGAGCAGUGUGAGUUCGAGUGUGGUGAGUGUGGGAGGAGGGGAGGAUGUGGAGGAAUUGGAGAUGCUUUUGGAGGCGUAUUUCACGCAAGUGGACCGACUCCUGAAUGACUUGACAGCGCUCCAUGAGUACGUGGACGACACGGAAGACUAUCUCCAUGAGUACGUGGACGACACGGAGGACUAUGUGAACACGCAGCUGGACUACCGCAGGAACCAGCUGCAGGGGAUGCAGGUGCGUGGUGCUGAUGACGUGGCAGGAGUGACUGACGUGGCAGGAGUGACUGACGUGGCAGGAGUGACUGGCGUGGCAGGAGUGACUGGCGUGGCAGGAGUGACUGGCGUGGCAGGAGUGACUGGCGUGGCAGGAGUGACUGGCGUGGCAGGAGUGACUGACGUGGCAGGAGUGACUGGCGUGGCAGGAGUGACUGACGUGGCAGGAGUGACUGACGUGGCAGGAGUGACUGGCGUGGCAGCUCAUCCUGGGGUGCUGAUAACAGCAACAGGCACAGUCCUGUCUAUCAUCAUUGUGAUCAUAGCAGCCUUCUCAAUGAACCUCCCCAACUUCCUCUUUGAGACGGACGGCCAGUUCCUCCCCGUGCUGCUGCCCCUGCUCAGCACUGGUGCCGCUCUUCUGGGUGGUUUCAUAUACUACACCUGGUAUUUCCAAAUAAUCACCUGA